GACUGUUACAGUGAGUUCUACAAUAAGUGAGUGAGUGAGUGAGUGAGUGAGAGAAUUGCAUUCAAGUCAACCAAGGGAGACAUCUCAGCAUAAUUGUGAACAAGCCUCCAAAUUCAUCCGAUUCUUGGGUCAUCCUGGCUACGUGCCCGCCCCUGGUUGCCUGGGCUUGGAUUACCCGCAUUCGACCCCUCGAGUGAACGCCACCAGAGCGACUCCUCAACCCCCGAGAGAGAGUGAGAUACGCCCAGGAAAAACCGCCCAUUACUCUGCCUCUCACACACACACACACCUAUCCAGCCCCACCAUUGCUCUCCCAUCCCUCCAUCGCCGUCGAUAACUGCAGGAUGAGUAGCCUGUCCUCGGUGGAUUCGACCGUGCUGGUAUCCCACCCCCCGGGCCCAGCCUCCAGCUCGUCGCACACGUUGAAUGGUGUGGCCUCGUUGGCUUCAUUGGCCGCGGCUUCUUCCACGGGCUCCAUGUCAUCUUCGUCUGGCUCCCUGAGUUCGGGCGCCAUCUUGAAUGGCUCCUACGACGUGUCGACUCACGUGACCGAGGCUUUGGGUUCCUUGGGCCCCUUGCCGGCCAGGGAUGACGAUCCCCAGCCUAGCCAGCCCCAGCGAUCUGGCCUUUUUGGUUCUCGACCCGGGCCGUUCCGUUUGUUGGCCGGAGAAAAUGUACGUCAUGAGGCCCGGCUGACGGAGGGCGGUUUCAUUUGUCUAACCGAUUACCGAUUGUGCGCCACAGUGGGUGCGGCUGAGAGUGCAUUCGUCAGCAUGCCCUUGGGACUAGUUGACUAUGUGGAACUCCGCGAGUUAUUCUAUCUGCACGUGUUUGGCAAAGAUGCCCGUUAUGUGUGUCUCACGUUCGAAAAUAAUGCCAUGGCUGAAAGCUGGAUCCAACUGCUUCAAGAGUGUUUAAACGCCCCUGCCGACAGUCAAACCCUCUUUGCCUUUGUGCAUCAACGUGCUUUGAGCGCCUAUGGACCGGAUACCCCGCCCGUGAGUCCGCCCAUUCCCGACGACUGGUUCUCAUCCGAGAUUGCCCGCUUGCGCUUCGAUCAACAAGUGGCUUGGCGCGUGACUAAAGCCAACGAGGACUUCAAACUCUGCUCCACCUACCCUGAACGCCUGCUUAUCCCGCACAGCGUAUCCGAUGCGGAUUUGAGCCAAGUGGCCGAAUUUCGAUUGGCCCGUCGUGUACCCAGUGUGGUUUGGCGCCAUGUGGGCACGGGUGCGGUCUUGGCCCGGUCCUCCCAGCCCAAAGUGGGUUGGUUGGGUUGGCGUUCGAAAGAAGACGAGCAACUGAUUCGGUGCAUUGCCGAAGCUUGCGCCUACGAUCGAGGCACAUCCUCCAAUGAGAGCAGUGUGAUCGAGACGUCGUCGUUGAAUAAUGGCGAUGCCAAUGACUCUGAAGACUCAGCCAUCAAGGAUUUGAGCAGCGAGGCGCAGAAAUUUGGCCAGGCAUCCAAAGUGCUCAUCGUAGAUGCGCGCUCCUAUGCGGCCGCCUUGGGCAACCGUGCGCGUGGGGGAGGCUUGGAAUGCGAGGAGUACUACACCAAUUCCGAGGUGGUGUUUAUGAAUUUGCCCAACAUCCACACCAUUCGCAAAAGCUUUCAAGCACUCCGCUCACUUUGUAGCUCGAGUGUGGACCAAACCAGCUGGUUCCAAGCCCUGGACGCCACACGUUGGCUCAGUCAAAUCUCAAGCUUAUUCCGUGGGGCAGUCCGGUGUGCGUCAGCUCUGGAAAAUGAGGCUCGACCCGUGUUGGUGCAUUGUUCAGAUGGGUGGGACCGCACCCCUCAACUGACAUCUUUGACUCAGCUCCUACUGGAUCCUUACUAUCGAUCCUUCGAAGGUUUCCAAGUCCUCGUGGAGAAGGAGUGGCUGCACUAUGGCCACAAGAUGGCGGAUCGAUGUGGCAAUCCGUUUGCCGAUUCCGAUCCCAACGAGCGGUGUCCCAUCUUCCUGCAAUGGUUGGAUUGUGUUCACCAAUUGCUUCUGCAGUACCCUUGUCAUUUCGAGUUCAACACCAGUUUCUUGGUCAAAUUGGCCCGUCACACCUACUCGCAGCUUUUUGGUACCUUUCUGUGCAAUUCCUUGAUGGAAAGGAAAAAGUACGAAGUUCAGGCCCAAACCCGUUCGGUUUGGACCUUUCUCCGGCAAAAUCCUCGCAAAUUCAGGAACCUGCUCUUCUCCAAAAGGGAUGAGAUCCUCUGGCCCAAAGCCGAGGUCCGAGAUCUUCUUCUCUGGAAGGAGGUCUACGUGUCAGAACUUCGCAACGUGUCAGACCAUAGCUCCAAGUCCAGUGUGAUAUCUUCAGAUUCGUCCGAUUCCUACAGUCCUUUGGGCGGACCUGCACCACGUGACGAUAGUGAGGAACGAAGGAAAGAGGAUCGGCCACACAAGCCUUCGCUUAAGAUUCCAGUGAUGCCCAAUGUGGAUAAUGCCACCCUUGCGAGUGGUUCGGCCAAUGCCCCUUUGCUCACAGAGAAUGAUUCGCUCCCAACUGCCAGCCAAGAUAAUUCUUUGGAGGCGUUCACCACUGGCUCUGUGGGAAUGAAGGGCGAUCAGGACGAUAGCAAAGACCGUGCUCAUGGCUCAUUUCACAAGUGUCAUAAAAAUGGCUUUGAAAGCUCCACGGACACUCUAGUUCCGGAGGAGGAUCAUCGUCGUUCAAAUCAGUUAACAAACGCGACUUCCAACCCUCAACAAAUCUCCACUUUGGGUCAAUCCACAAUAACAGAAUCGGAGGAACACGAGGUAAAAUUCAAGCGACCUCGAUCCAGCCAGAAUGAGGGGCGUCGAGAAAGCGAGUCCACCGCUGGAUUGGAAGAGCUGAUGGCCCAAGCGUCCAUUUGCGCUCCUUGUGAGUUUCUGAGUCGUUCAAUGGAAGAUCUGAUUGACACCGACGGAUUACCAACCCACAAAGACAUGGUCCAGCAACGUCUGAAUGAGAUCUUCUACCAGCACCGCAAAGAAGUGCAAGAUCUUCGUCGAGAUUUGAUGAUGUCGAAGCAGGCCUUACUUUUGCAAAAGAAUGCGGCUCGGAAGCUGUCUGAGCUCAAUGCGUCAGAGAGCCUUUUGUUAGAUACGCCCCUCAACGGCUAUGAUCGAAUGUCAAGUAACGAGGAUGGGAAUGGGGAGAUCAGAACCAGCUCUACCACCUCCGAGGUGUCAUCCUGGGAAGCCGUGGACGAAAACGAAGCCAAACCUGUUCUCUGGGUCCCUGAUCAUGCUUCUGAAUUUUGCAUGAGAUGUCAGACCAAAUUUUGGACCGGAUUGAGGAAGCAUCACUGUCGUAACUGCGGACUUCUGUUUUGUCAUAAUUGUUCGGAUAACCAAGCCCCCUUGCCAGAGGAGCAUCUCUACCGACCGGUCCGGGUCUGUGAUGAUUGUAUUGCCGUAAUUGAUCAAGAUCGCACUCAGAGGGAUCAAGAGGAGGAAGGCAAAGAGAAGACCCCAACGGAGGUAAAGGCGGUAAAUGGGUCCGGCAGCGCUUUCUACGAUUGUGAUACUGUUAACACAUCUGCCAACCAGCAGCACCAGGAUCAGAGCAAGGACAAUUCCACCAAUGGCCUUUGCAACGCUGAUAGCGAUGAACACGCCCAUUUGACUGUGGAAACGGCUCGGGAAGCCGAGCAUGAAUUAAAGGAAUUCAAAAAUGGUACCGUGUGAUGGGGAUGGACGAUUUGAGCAUGACCCGCUCGUUCGUGUGUUGCCUUAUUUAUAUCACGUGGCGCCAGCAAGAAAAAAAUACGAUGAAAUAUUGAUAUUCAAAGUGGCGCAAAUUUUGGAGCAUACGUUGCAGAGGAACGAAUUUACCCGUUUGAUAGCAUUUUGAAUGUUUGGAAAUUGAGAUAAUACUAAAUCUUUAUUACAUGGCUAGUGGAAAAAAGAAGGAUAAUAAAAAAUAUAUUUGUCUGGGA